AUGGCAUUUAUGAUCUUGAGAAGGUUCCAAUUAAGUCUAGAAGAUUGGUUGCAUCCUCCAAGCAAUGUGCUUCUUGACAAUGAUAUGGUUGCCCAUGUUGGUGACUUUGGAUUAGCUAUAUUUUUGUUUGAAGAAUCAGGCAAGUUAUUCACACAACAAGUUAUGUCAGCUAACCUAAGGGGUUCUAUUGGCUUCAUCCCUCCAGAGUAUGGUAUGGGUGGGAAGCCUUCUACAAUUGGAGAUAUAUAUAGCUAUGGGAUUCUAUUACUGGAGAUUUUCACCGGAAAAAGACUAACAGAUGAAGCAUUUGAAGUCUCUGAACAAGAAUUGGAUGGCGAAAAUAAAGAAUUUCAAAGUGAAGAGAAAGCUAUAAGGAGGAACUAUGAGAUUGAAGUCACGGCUGCAAGUUUGAUGAAGGAUUGCUUUGUGUAUCUGAUGCAAAUUGGAAUGUCUUUUGCUGCAAAUCCCCCUAGUGAACGAAUGCGAAUCACUGUGGUCAUCAACAAACUACAUACUAUCAAGUACAUUUAUACAAAUAAAGCAUAG